CUGUCCUGACACCAUGGGCGCCUGCUUCUGCAAAGGUCACAAAGAGCUCCACCAUCCCAUGACAGCACGGCAGGACCAGACUGAGGAGGUGCAGCCGUCCUCUGUCAAGGAUGGCCAGAAUCCGUCAAACGGCAGUGUGUCGGAUAAAAGCAACGCCUAUGAUAUCGGCGAGCUGGCCACCUCCUCUUUGAUAGGUUUGGUGGCCACGAUAAAGGAGCAUAUCACCAAGCCGACUGCAAUGGCCCAGGGGCGAGUCGCUCACCUGAUUGAGUGGAAGGGUUGGGGUGGAGGUGGCGAGGCCAGAGGAAGCAGGGUUGGUUGGAGCGGGGCCAGGGGUAAAGGCGGAGGAGGAUGGGGGGGGAUGGGGACCGAGCUGCAUGAGGAUGAACAAUUCUACUCCCAAAUGACGGAUGAGAUCAAGGAAGCUCGUUUCGCCGCGGGAGUAGCAGAGCAGUUUGCCCUGGCCGAGGCCUCCAUGAAUGUGUGGUCCCUGAAUGACAGCUUAGAGCAGCCCUCCACCAGUUUACAAGCUGCACAAAGCCACUUCUUGUCCCAGUUCCUGCUGGAUGGUGGAAGCCUCAGCGUUCCUCAGCACCUGUACAGCAUCCACGCCCAGACCUAUGGUGACAACAGAGCGGCCAACCUGGUCUGUCCGCCAGUGGUCCAAACCAUUUCCCCGACGUCCAACACCCAGCAGGACAGAGAUCGUCCCCUUGGGGACAGAAGCACUGCGACUGCAGAGGCUGCUGUCCGGCACGUAGACAGCAGCUCGCUAUCCGAGGAUGACGUUUUUUAUAACUAG